UGCGAGGUCGGUAACCUUGACUUUGGCGCCACUUUCUCUGCCUGCAGCACUCCAGAAAACGCUUCCAGCGGUGUGGGUGAGGACCUGAUCAGGUUAAGAUAGGCGAGGUGUCUUUUCUUCCAGCAAAGUUCAGCAACACCAGACCAAUAGCGGAGGGACAGGGGGAGAGAACAAGCGGAGGAGCGAGGUGAAGCGAGAAUCGAAGACAAGCAGUAAGCAUGAGAUGGAUGCACCCGAACCCUCGCAAGAGGUAUGGCAUGGAGAUGGCCCGGUUCUUCAUGUACGUCUCGGUGCCCGUGGUUGUGAUCGCGAUUUGCAGCGACCCGAAGAACAUGAAUACGUUGCUGCGAGGGUUUAAGUUUGUUGAGUACCCGCCCGAGUCGAAGAAGCUCCCGUCAGGAAAGGAAAUCGUUAAAAUGAUGGAGGAGAGGGAGGCCAAGAGGCAAACCACAGCGACAAGGUCGGGAAUUGAUGCGCAUCUCGCGGCUGCGGGAUCGGUCACCAGGACCCCAACAUCACGACGCGCCGACACGACCCUCGACGCCACCGCUACCGGGCCUCCAACGCCCGAUGCGUCGCGCGAAGUGGACCAAUCUGCAGCCGGAACGGCGACUAAGAAAAGGGGAUGGUUUAGUUGGCGAUGAAGAGGAAAGGAUUGGCAAAUUUCUUCGUAUUUUUUGCGGCGGUCUUGCGUUUGUUGAUGCUUCCUAGUUGCCGCAGUUGGCCGGUUGUAUGCCAAGUCGCGUAUGCAUACAUGCCCGUUUUUCGUGCCUCGCGUUUUGCACACAGCGUUCUCCAAGAUUCGACGAGCGGUAACAACAUGAUGGCCGAAACCGAUGUGCCGAUCAGUAGUAGAGAUGCGGGCCAAAGGGCAUUUUCUGCUUCUCGACAGUUUGAGCUUUGUCCUCGAGGACACGGGGGGUGGUUCGGGUGUACAGUACGAGAUGUGCGCUGCAGACUUUCCUGCCUUAUGGCAGCGGUUCAAAAGUAUCUUGUGUCAUCAAGUUAAAGCUGGAGCACUGGCCGGUGAUCGUCCGGUGGGAUGUUGUGUAGCUCUGGUCGAGGACCUGUUUCGGGUGCUCCUUGUUCAUUUCAACGUGUGCUAAAGGUAGCCUCCAAGAAGGAGGCUCGGCGGGAUGUGUUUCCGUGGCAUUGGAAUGGGAAAGAGACGUCUGUGGAAACCUGGAUAUAGGUAUCUUCCUAACGGUACUGAAACACGUACAACCAGUGAAGAUCUGAGACCCUACGAACACAGUUCUACAGGUCUGCAGAUGUUUACAAGGAAAGAACCUCCGCCUGCUGUGACCAGCCGGAGCAUGAAAGAGCCCACCAAGGCUCACUCUCACUUUCACCUUCUAGCACGGCCGAACCACAUCGACCACGCUUGGCACAUCCUCGCCACAUCUCAAUAAGAGCGAAAUACCUCCGUUGGUAAACGGUUAUUUACCACUCCAGGGACCUUACUCGUAACAGUGAAAGGGCAUUCUCAUUGGCGUC